GCCCACGCUGAAGCACUCUGGAAGCUCGUAGGUAUACGUUUCUGCUGGAACUCUCAGGAACUCUCAGGAUAUCUGGGCUAAAAGGAUCUACUGGAAACUAUCGGGAAAAGACGAAUAACUCUCGUGAACUGUCGGGAUCUGUCAGGUACGAGAGCGGUGGGGUAGCCUUGUGGUUAAAGCGUUCGCUCAUCACCCUGAAGACCAAGGUUCGAUUCCCCACAUGGGUGUAACGUGUCAAGUCCAUUUCUGGUGUCUAUUACUGCUGGAAUAUUGCUAGAAGCGACGUACAACUAAACUCACUCACUCAUCAGGUCCGAUCGUGUCCUACAAAGGACGAUCGGAAACUACAAAGAAGAUACAAGGAACUAUCGGGUACUGGAACGAAAUGUCAGGAACUGUCAGGAACUAUCAAGAACUGUCAGAAACUAUUACUAACCAUCGGGAACUAUAAGAAACUGUCGGGAACUUUCAGGAAAUAUAGGGAGCAGUCGGGAAAUGUCAGCGAACUCUCGCGCUAGGAUCAGUUAUGCCCUGUAAAUAUGACAGCUCGGUAUACCGAGAGCAACAGAUGCGGUGAUGGUCCACAUCGAUCCCCACCUUAUUUCAAAUAACACAGCUUUAUGGAUAGAUGUGUCAUGUACACUAGGCGAGAUGAGACACACGCUGGUGAGGGGACAAACGUGAUGCGUUAAUUCACAUAUAACACUGGCCGACGCUGAUAUCUAGUAACUAUGCGUGCCGAACACGGCGACAGGGACUUUCUGUUCUUGUCAAAUAUAUCACUUGUGAGGAAUGGUCUCUCCGAACACUGGGCUUGUAUUUCUAGGUGAUCAAAGCGGACUCCUCUGUGCAUUCAUUAUCGUCGUUACAAGGGAGUUAACUGUGUGUAAUAACUGUCUGUCAAUAACAAUAUUGUUUCAUAUUCCAAGAAUCAUAAGGUGGCCAGACAAAUUAUAUGCUACCCAUUAUAAUUGAUUCAAAAAGGAAUAAUUUCAUGUCUUGAGGGGAGAGUGUAAUCUUCAUAAUACCUCUACCCGUUUGUUUGUUCUGUCUGCUCAGAAAUAUUCCAGAUGAAUGACAGUGGAAAAUAAUCGGGUAUGGAAAAACAGUGAUAGAAAGUCACCGAGGCUGACCAAUCCAUUUGGCAACCCCGGACCACCAGCGUAUGUUCCUGUAGCCGUGUUGUUAUCCCACGGGAUUCUUCAUAAGGACAGUGUAUGCUACAGUGACGGGCUGAUGCCAUGUACUACCGACUUUAAUGUAUACCCGAGACAUACAAUCUCAUCAUUAUACAGCAUUAUAUAUGUAAUAUGAAACAGCUGAUGAGUGGGUCUGUCAGUGGGUCAAAGAGUAGAGGUCAGGUGUAAUGAUGAGUAACAUGCCUGUACCUUGCACUCGCGAAUAGAAACGUGACAAAGUGAUAAUGUCCAGAGUUCGCUUACACUGAAGUGUCAGAAUGUCGGUGACACAUAUGUCGUAUCAGCUGACACAGAGAUAUCAGAUAUCAAGCGACAGCUGAUUAUGGCCGAACUAACUGUAAUGCUGAUCAGAGUAGAACUUAACCUGUAUGAAAACGUUGACUGAACACGUGACCGGUAUGAUUUGUUCAUCUCUCUGUGACAGUGCGGUGUGACAGCUUGAGGGAGCUGGGAGCUACGUACAGAGAUACGGUCGUAAGGCAAUUUGAAACGCAAAGAUCUGAUACAUCAUAGACUUGCAUCUUGAUAUCCUAGGGAGUACACUGCUAAAGGAUUGAUCCUUAAGGCUGAUUACCACUGUGUCAACUAGUUGCCUACAACUGUGCCUACGAGUUUGCCUACAACUGUGACUUAGAGUGUUUUCCAGUGACUACGUGUUGUUCAGUAACACUGUGCCAUCUACAGUCAUACUAUGCAAUUCACGUGUUCCAGAAUCAAUUUCUGAGAGUUCCGUCUUUGGAUCAUGGUAAAACAUUUUUCGCCUCUAUCGGUGCAAGAAUAUAAUGUUUUCAAAUUUGGUUUCACCUUAAAUCAUCAAAAUUGAUACCAGCAUCAACGCAUCGUUGGAGAUAGAGGAGGACCGAAUUGACAGUACCUGUUUCAGAAUGGUACGUAUAAGCAAGGAUACUGUCCUCCGCAUUAUCGGCCUCGUGGUGGGCUGUAUCGGGAUGGGCGUGGCAGGGUCGGUGUUCGCCUUCAAUGCAUACGCCAAUGCCAUCAAGAAGACCUUCAAUUACACCCAAUCAGAAGUCGAGCUUCUCGCCUCGAUGGGAAAUAUCGGAACCUCCCUGGGUUUCCCGGCUGGCAUCAUGUUUGAGAAACUUGGAGCCCGGCGGACGGCGUUCGCGUCCCUCAUGAUCUCCUCCUUGGGUGGCUUCUUGUUGUACAGCACCACACUGCAGAAGACGUUCUAUGCAGGGAAGGCGUACCUGCAGUACAUCUAUUUUCUGUUGUUCGGUCUGGGAGCCAUCUUUACCUACAUGGUGUCCAUGAUGGCCAACGUGAACAACUUCCGUCCCAAACACCGAGGCAAAAUCAUCGGUGUCCUGGACGCCUCCUUCAGCGGCGGACCUGCCCUGGUGGCGCUCAUCUACGGCACGCUCUUCGUCAACGGCCACGAUCACAAUGACGAGGAUAAACAAAACCUGUCUGGGUUUUACCUCCUCAACGCGUUGCUCUUCGUUGCUGCUAAUGUUUUAGGUAUCUUCUUUCUCAUCACACGCAUCCUGCCUGAAGAUGAGGAGAAAAAGUCCCUGGUAUCCAGCGAGGAGAUUCCUGAUGAACUGAAACCUCAGAAAGUCAACCCGGAAAUAUCUCAAGAUAUAACAGGAAGAAAGCUCCUGUUCAACUUCGACUUUCAUUUCCUGACCUGGUCCUUCUGGAUGUGCGCAUGUCUUCAACUGAUGUUUCAAACAAACAUUACAACUUACCUAAAAUCCUUCCAUAUGGAAGGGUACAGCACAGUAUUAACAACUCUGAAUUUUGUCGCUGGAACCAUAGCCAAAAUCAGCUUCGGGUUCGGAUCUGAUCUGAUUGUGCAUAAAGUUCCACGAGCACUGGUCAUCUUAACAGCGACCGCUGUCCAGACUGUGGUUCUGGCCAUCUGUAUUUACAGUGCCAAUAGUCUUCCUAUUCUGUUUAUAGCGGUUCUGGGAGUAGGGAUCCCUAACGGUGCGACGUGGUGUCUCACACCUACCAUGACCAGUGAAUUCUUUGGAAUUAAGUAUUUUGGUAGGAACUGGGGUGCAAUGAUGAUUGGGAAUGCUGCCGGAGGAGUGCUGCUUCAGAAAGUGUUCGGUGCCAUCUAUGAUAACGCCAUACCUAUCAAAGGACAAACGAACUGCUACGGACAGGGAUGCUUCAGGUGGAGUUUUGUCAUGGCAACUGUUCUAAGUUUAUGUUCUGUCAUAUUUUAUGCAGGUCUACUUGAGAGAAGGUGGAGGUAUCGCAAGUUUGUUCGUGAAAUGGAUCCAAACAAAGUAAACUCAGAGCCGUCUAAAGUAUCGUAACAAUGAUACCUUAACUAUAUUGUUGGAAUCAAAUGGCACAUGAUACGGUGUUACAACCAGCGCCAUUGGUCGUUAAAUUUGAGGGGCCAUGGGGUAGCCUCAUAGUUAAAGCGUCCGCCCCCGGGUUCGAUUCCCCACAUGGGUACAAUGUGUGAACCCCAUUUCUGGUGUCUCCCGCCGUGAUACAGCUGGAAUAUUGCGUAAAACUAAACUCACUCACUCACUCACUCAUUUAAGUUGAAUUUAACAUUGCGGUAAAGAUUGCAGACAUGGCGCUUUUAUGAAACUUGUGAUUGGUAAAUCGUUAUUGUGAAACUUGAUUUUAAGAUUGAUUCAUGAAAAUGCUUGUUCGAUUUUAAAAGUCCCCAUAUAUAACAAACUCCACGUGUCCUUAGUUGUACGGUUUACAGAGGUGUUGAUUUGCAGUCACCUGGGAUAUGGUUAGGAAAAUCCGCUAUUUCGUUAUUUUCAAUUUCUUUGACGGACAAGGAGAGUUACUAUAUUCGAUAUUGUCAUAACGAUAUUAACUGGUAUGUAAUAUUUUGUUAUCCAAGACUGGAGAGUGGAGAUGUGCCUACUCGGAAAGGUCAUUGCAAUGCCUUGCAGAACAUUGUGGCAUUAUCGGUUACCAUGACGUUUUGACAUAUUUGAUAUCAAAGACACAAUCAAAUGACAUCUUUGCCACUGAUGCCGGUCAGCUUAAGAUGUUACAAUGUAGACAUUGCUUAUCACUGUUUACAAAUAAUGGAUGGCGAAUAAAAACUAUUUUUGUUAA